AUGAAGAAUGUAAUAAGCUUUUUGAAGUCGAUUUUACUGCUGCUCUCACUCUCAGACUUAGUGCUAGCUAACUCCAAACUUCACGUAAACCCGGCUAGUGAAAUGGUGAGCAUCUUGAAUCAGAACAGAACAGGUCGAAAAAUGGGCAAACUAAAAGAGAGUCCUGGUCUUGGCUGCAUGGCCCUCCAGUAUGUUGAGUCCUGCCAGGGGAAUUGCAAUGUCAACAACACUCUGAGGCUGAGCUGUGAACCCUCUGAAGACAACUUCACUCAGGUUUUUGCCCCCAACUGUGGUGUAGAACUUCCCACUGUUAGUACCAUAACAGGCCAUAUCCUCGGCUGCAGCUCUAAGUAUGCAACGCCAGAGGUCGCCUUCUCAGACAUUCUCUUUAGAGAUGACAAAGCCUUGUCGAUGCUCAGAAACAGGACACAUACUGAGGUUGGAGUGGGAAUGGCUAGGUUGCAUAAAGGUACCUUCUUUUGGUGCCUUCUCUUUAGUGAUGGUGAGACAAACUCCUCCUUUGCUCUAGAAGACAACGGCCGUGGCAUCAAACAAAGAAAAGGCUGCUACAGCGGAAGCGCUUUUUCUUGCAGCAAUGCACACAUGAUUUGUGUGCGUCUUGUCAACCGCUUUCUGGGAAUUAUCUUGUCUUCCUUUUGCCUAUUCAGACCUUGUGGGUGCCCUUUCUUGUAG